AUGGCGCCAGCUACCGUCUCGACGCCGCAGAAGCGCAAAGCUUCACUCUCGCACACUUCGGCCUCGGCUAAGCGUACUCGGUCCGUCUCGAUAUCCGUCAAGGUCACCCACACGACCGCCGAUGAUGGUCCCGGCAGCCCAGAUCUCCCUGUCGUACUCAAAAACCCACAAGCGUGUCUUAGUGGCAUACCGGAAGAACUUCUCCUGAAGAUCAUGGAGCAUGUGAAGGAAGUCGGCCGUUACGACGCACUCUCGAAGCUGUGUCGUACAGAUAAGCUCUGCAAGCGAAUCGCGGAGGUGGUAAUGUACAAGACCGUACGCGCCUUAGGGUCUUCCAUGUGUAAGAAGGGCGCUGCGAUUGCCAGCAACCAUCUCCUCUCCGAGCACGUCCGCGAAAUCAAGGUCUUUUUCGGCGGGAAAAGAUUCAAUAAGGACGCAUGCAACAAAAUCUUGGCCAAGGCCCACGACAUCCAAGCGUUCCACGUGACGGAGACAUAUGACCGGCCCGAGGAUACACCGAAAUGGUUGCAGAUGUUGAACAGCGCUGUUGCGCGACCCGUCGGUGGUCAUGUCAAUCGAUUUGCUAAGCUCAAGGAGCUCAACAUCGCUGCCCGUUACCUCUCAGUGGAGGAGCUUUCCUGUGUGUUCCGUCUUCCCUCCCUCGAAACGCUUAUCCUCUGGGAGAUAUGUCAAACAACACCUGUUGAGAACUGGUCGGUCCCCGAGUCGAGUAGCUCAAUCCGGAAACUUCACCUGGUUCAUGCAAUGAUGGACAUUUCUGUUGUCGCACAAAUGCUCCUCACGCUCAAGGCCCUCCACAGCUUUCGAUACCACCGCAGUACCGGGAGGUGGGAGCCGUUCGCCGCAGAAGGCAAUCCUUUGUCAAUCUGGCCUGAGCACUCCUGGAAACUCCUGGGUGAUGCGCUGAGGGGACAUCGACACUCGUUAGAAGCGGUCUAUGCGACGGACGAUAGUGACAAAGACAUCCUAGACCUGUCGGGACGUUGA